CCCAAUCUCUCUGUCGGAAACCGAGUCCUCUUCCACCGCACGCCACCGGCCACCGCGUCCCCUCCAACGGCCACCCCGCCCCCUCGCUCCGGCCCCUCCACCGGCCACCGGGCGGCCCGCCCCCUCGCCCCGGCCCCUCCACCGGCCGCCGCGCGCCCGCGCAGCUCCGGCGGCGCGCGCCCCCCUCGGCCCGGCAGCGCUACCACCGCGCCUCGGCCCCGCCGCCUCCACCGCGCCUCGGCCCCGCCACCGCCCUCGGACUGUAGUUUGAGAUAAGCUAGCAAUUUUUUUAGGCCAGUACGCAUCACUUCUCUGUUUUUUUUUUCUGCUGAAGUAAUUUGAGAUAAAUUUGUGUUUUACCUGAAGCUUCUGAGCUCUAGACUGGUGCUUCCAUUUUUAGCACAAGCUAGUUAUGUUAGCUUCUGUUUCUCUAAUGAAGGUGCUAGCUUCCAUUUGAUCUGAACACGCCUAACUGAGUGGCAAGUCUUCCUUGUCAAUUAUGUUACCCAGUCAGUAGGUUUCCCUUGUGGCAUGUUUAACUUUUUAAUAAAAAAACAAUCUGACAUGUUAUUGCUCAGUUACAGGCUUGGCAACUCUGAAUCGGCUAUAAUGAACAUGUUCAGUUUUAGUUCCUUCUGCCUUGUGAUGUAAACCACAGUACAGUACUUUCUUGCAUUCAAUUGUAAUUUUCUAAUAGUUCCUCUGAUCUCGUGUUGAACUUUCUGUGUUGUUAUUUAUCCUGAUAUAGGCAGCAACUUCCACAGGACCUCAAGCCGCCAUCUCGCCACAUGACCUGAUUGCAGCCUUGCAGGCACAGCACAGAAGCAGGGUUGCGCCACCUCUCUGAGUGUCAUAGGUUGGUGCAUAGGCACACACACACAGGUAGCCAUGGCAUCGCGUAAGCUUCUCGUGGGCCUCACAGCCAGGAGGCAGCUACAAUCCCGCACUCAGCAACUAUUCUGGGCCACCAGUCUCCCUGAAGCUACCACUUCUCGGUCCCUAAUGGUGGCUGCUGCAAUGGCGCGGUUAUCGGACAGGUCUUCAGCUCCUUUUAUCUUAUCUUCAAGGGCCAUCUCGUCGACGCAGCCUGUGAUGCAGUCUACAGGAGAUGUGUCUGGCUCUAGCCCAUCUGCAGUGGAUCACAAGUUAGCAAUGCAAGAGGAUGAGUUUCACAAAUUAGCAGAUGAGACGAUUCAUGAUUUGCUUGAAAAACUUGAGGAGUAUGGUGACUCCAUUCAGAUGGAUGGUUUCGACAUAGAGUACGGGAAUCAGGUUUUGACAUUAAGGCUUGGGGAUUUGGGGACAUAUGUUAUAAACAAGCAAACUCCAAACAAACAAAUUUGGCUAUCUUCUCCUGUGAGUGGGCCUUCUAGGUUUGAUUGGGAUGCAACAGCUAAUGGUUGGAUAUACAAGAGGACUGGAGUGAACCUUGUGCGGCUUCUGGAGAAGGAGAUUGGUGAGCUCUGUGGUACUCCAGUAGAACUUUAGUAACAGUACUGGAAAUGCCACACAGCUAGGUUGUAUGGAGAGCAGUGCUCUGAAUGUCGAAGUGUAGUACACAAAACUUUUUUUUUGUUCUACACAUUUGCACAUGGUUUGGAAUAAAUAACUUCCCCUCUCUGGUAGCGGGGAACAGUAUUAUUCGGAA